GGUUUCUGAUUGGCUGCCUGUGUCAGUAUAAAUGGUUUGUUCCCGGAUGGCGUUUCCUCUCUCUUUCACGCAGCCCUGACUGUGAGGUGACACCGUGUCUUUAAACCAGCUGUGUGGCAAUCCUUGGAAGCACUGCGAAGAUGCCCAGGGAAGACAGGACUGUGUGGAAAUCCAACUACUUCACGAAGAUCGUCCAACUCCUGGAUGACUACCCAAAAUGCUUCAUCGUGGGCGCUGACAACGUCGGCUCCAAGCAGAUGCAGACCAUCCGCCUGUCUCUGCGCGGGAAGGCAGUUGUGUUGAUGGGGAAGAACACCAUGAUGCGCAAGGCUAUCCGCGGGCAUCUGGAGAACAACCCAUCCCUUGAGAAGCUGCUGAAUCACAUCCGUGGGAAUGUCGGUUUUGUCUUCACCAAGGAGGAUCUGACUGAGGUCCGGGACAUGCUGCUGGCCAACAAGGUGCCAGCUGCUGCCCGUGCCGGUGCUGUGGCUCCCUGCGAGGUCACUGUUCCUGCCCAAAACACCGGCUUGGGCCCUGAGAAGACCUCCUUCUUCCAGGCUUUGGGGAUCACCACCAAGAUCUCAAGAGGUACCAUUGAAAUUCUGAGUGACGUCCAGCUGAUUAAGCCGGGGGACAAGGUGGGUGCCAGCGAAGCCACGCUUCUGAACAUGUUGAACAUCUCGCCUUUCUCCUUCGGCCUCAUCAUCCAGCAGGUCUACGACAACGGCAGUGUCUACAGCCCUGAGGUUCUGGACAUCACCGAGGAUGCCCUGCACCAGCGUUUCCUGGAGGGCGUGAGGAACAUUGCCAGUGUCUGCCUGCAGAUCGGCUACCCCACUGUUGCCUCUAUCCCCCACUCUGUCAUCAAUGGAUACAAGAGAGUCUUGGCUGUUGCUGUGGAAACUGACUACUCCUUCCCAUUGGCUGAUAAGGUGAAGGCGUUCCUGGCUGACCCCACUGCCUUUGCGGUCGCUGCCCCGGCUGUUGAGGUGGCCUCUGCCGCUGCUGCAGCCCCUGCUGCGAAGAAGAAGGAGGAGGUGAAGGAGGAGUCUGAGGAAUCGGACGAUGACAUGGGCUUCGGGCUGUUCGACUGAAUACCCAACCUGGCCUUGCUGUGUGCAGCUUGACACAUCAAAAUACCACCAAUAAAAUAUAAUAACUCUG